CUAAAAAUAAUAAUAUGAGUAUUAGGUUUGAUAGAAUUCAAUUGACCGCAAUGAAGCAUAGAUCUUGGUAAGAACUGACUCAUCAGCGAUGGCGAAAGCCGUAGUCGGAGAAGAAACGCGACUCAGUUCGACGGAGGAUCGUCUCAGCCAAUCCGCACUUCCCUCAGAGGUGGGUCUUAUAAUCGGCAAGUUCAGCUCCGCUUUGGGCCGGGCCUUCCUCUUCGAUCUCAUUCCCACCCCACCCAACGACUCCGCCGAGCCCGCCUCCGCCCUCACCGAGCCCGACAAGAAAAAGGGGCCCAAAUCCAAAUCCGAUUCCUCUUCGCUCUUCAUCGACAAGGACUGGGUCGCCGAACAUGCUCGCCAGGUUUCCAGAAUGCUCGUCGGCGGCAUGAAGGUCCUUGGCCUCUAUGUUUGGGUUGGCGAUGCCGCAUUCAAGAAUUCAACCAUAAUGCUUUGCCAGACGGUGAAGGGUGUUGCUGACGCAGCGCCGGUUUCGGGGGUGGACUGGGAUGAGAGAUUGCUUCUUCACAUUUGUUAUAGUCCCAGGAGGUGGAAUUGUAGAAACUGCUUGCUGUCUUCGAAUAUUACAUCAAGUAGUUUGCGGCCUUGUGAUUUUAAAAUGGGGAAGGUUUUAGCUUCCCUUCAAACGUUCAAGUGCAUGCACAACUUUAACCUGAGGUUGCCUAUAUUACGUGACAGUAAGCUUCAGACAAUGAGUGAUGUUCUUCGUCAUGCAAUAGCUAUUCAUGCCAAAGAGCUUACAAGUGCAAAGGCCUUGAUUGAUGGUAAAUUGGUUACUGAGAGUGAGUCAUACUCAUCAGAUGGCGUGCAUGAAGUUGAAUUGCUUCUACCAUUUCUUAACAAUAGUUCUAUUGAAGCAUGCAGCCAAGGAGAUGUUGUUGGUAUUCUUUCAUUUAGUGGCUUGAUAUGUUCUUUUGCAUAUCUGAAUUCAAAAGAGCCGAUUUCACAAGCUGUCAGUGAUAUAAAGGGAGAUAUCAUUACGAGUCUGCAAAGUAGAUUGGAUAUAAUCUGUGACGAGGUAGAUGUUGACUCAGAUAACAAUCAUGAUGUUGGAAGCCAAGCAAGCAAUGAAAUAUCAGCUGAAAAGCCUGUUCCCCAACUAGUAUUGCACUUAUUGAGAAAAGGAUGUAGUCUUUCAUUUCCUAGAAGAGUCUUUGCACCAUGGUUAGGAGGGGUGUUUGUGUGUGAUUAUUUGCAGCCUUCUGAAACUGUUGAGGUUUGUUCUAUUUCUGUAGGGAAAUAUUAAUAUUAGGUAUUUUGUUUCUUGCUGUAUCUAAAUCUAUUUCUAUGUCUGAUUUGGUUUGAAGACUAACUACUCCUGUGUUGUUGCUGAAAAAAGAUGGUAUUUGUUUAAGAGUUUUGAACUGAUGUUAUUUGCAGACCACACCAGUACAUAAAGAGACAUUCCUGUCUUGACGAGAUCAAUAAUUUAUUGAUUUGGGAUCUCAGUCCAAAUUAAUAUUAUCUAGAGCCUUUGAACAACUACGUAAUCAAUGCGGAUAUUUUACCCAGUGCCUUGCAAAUAAAGCAUACAUGUCUUUAAGUAUGUGCAUGAAUUGGGGAGCACGAAUUAAAUUACGUGAUUUAUGUUUUCAAAUUUCAACAUCAUUGCAGAGAAGACUGCCUAGCCUGUUUAGAGCAAAGCAAUUAAUAUGAUGAUGAUGUUGUUGGAUUCCUGAAAACCAAAAACAGUGAGGAAUAGUUAGAACUUAGGACAUCACAUUUACUUCAAUUUAUACUGAGAUCAAUUUAUACUGCAAUCCUUGGAUUUUGUGUAUGGGAAAAUAUUUAUUGAGAAAGAUUAACCUUUUAAAUGGAUCUCAAUACUUCAGGAAUUAGCCAUUAGCUUCUAACCGAAAGAUAAGUGGUUCACCCGAAAAAAAAAUUUGUUAACAGUUGUUUUCAUGCUCUUGAACCGCUGUCUUGCUGUAGCCUCUACAAGAUUGUCACUGUUACAAUGAAGUUGUACUUUAUUUUUAUUUCUUAGUUCUUACUAAAUAUUAUA